AUUGUGUAGCAAAUACAUUCAAAUGGCGGUUAGCAGAGAUUAACUAGGAAGGAGAACGAUCAUUAUUUCGUGUUUUUAUUUCUUCUUUAAGAAGAAAACAAAUUUCAUCCAUUCAAUAUUGGUUAACAAAGGAAGGAAACAAUAAGAAAGACUAUGAUAAAUAUCAACUAUUUACAAUUUAAUCUUAUUCGAAUGACAAUAUUCAACAAUCAGCAUUGUAAUAGUAUUUAGAUAUAAAUUUAAAAAAAUAUUUAUUUGCAUCUAGUUUUUGUUUUUGUAUGUGUUUGUUUGUUUCUUACCUCUUUCUUUUAUUCAAUUAUUAUACAUAUUUAUUGAUACAAGACUAUAACUAAUUCUCGUCCUGGGAUUACUGUUAGUUACGCUGAUACUAUACAUCAACUUUGACAAUAAUAUUCGUAUACGCUACAAUCAAUCAAUCAAUCAAUCUAGUUAGAAUUACGCUCCAGUUUUUUAAAAUUUUUCUUUGUCGUUUGAAUCAUUCCUCUGUUCAAUAUUCAAUAGUUAACUAAUAAUAUACUUGGAAAUAAAUGGCUACUGAAAGUCUUCAAGCUCGACUAACUGAAUUCGAGCGUCAAGCUCGUGGUGUGUGCAUAGGUGUAAAUCAUUUAGCACUUGACAGUGAACGUGUUAGACAAGCUGAAUUAUUACAAAAAAUUAUACAACUAGAAAAAGAUAUUCAACAAUCUAGCGCACAAAAAUCACAUUUACCUGACGCAGCAGCUGAGAUUCGUGAUGAUGUGAAAAAUAAUACAUCAGCAUUACGUUAUUUAGAAACAAUAUCACAAUUGGAGAAUUCAUUUACAGUUCUAACAGAAAAUGUCACUGAAACCUCUGUACAAUUAAGUGCUCCUAAAGAAUUAAAAGAUGAAGUUCAUGUGAAAAAAGAAUUAACUAGUAAUGUGAAAAGUUGUUGGACAUAUGUUUCUCAAUUGGCCCGAUUAAGUCAAGUACAUAUUAGGAAUGCUGCUGAAUAUCAUCAGUUUCAUCAUGCAGUUAAUGAAGCUGAAGCCAGUUUGAAAGCACGUGUACGGAUGACAGAACCGAGAAAUUCAAGAGCAUUACCUGCAACUUUGAAAAAUUGUACAAUUUUGGCCAAUGAAUUGAGAGAACAUCUUAAUCAUAUGAUUCAUUUAUGGGGUCGAUCAGGCAAUUUGCUUGAAGAAAGCCGACGUAUUGUCCCUGUUCACUUAAGACUAGGUGGUGUUAUUGAUGGUCUGAGUACUAAUACAGAAUCCGCUAGUCCAGUUAUGGCUCGUAUGUUAACUUCAUUGACAGGACCAAAUUAUGAAUUAAAAGAAGGUGAAGAAGUACGCGUUAUUUCGAAUAAAGAUGAUCAACACUUUUGGACAGUGCAAACAAAUAAUGGUAUAGUGAAAAUACCAUCUGUUUGUUUAUGGAUAAGUGAUCCAGAUUUGGAAGCUGUAAAACGAUCAGUGAUACUUCGUGAAAAAUGUAUUGAAUCAUGGGAUUUACUUGUGGAAAGAUCACGUGAACGACUAAGAUCAUAUUACAGUUGUUUAUUAAAUCAAAUGGCAGAAAAUGGAGAUAUUCAAUAUCAGCAUAAAAUAGCUAUGGAUAAUUUUCUGGAAGAUUUAAGAGGUCUUCUAUUACCUAAUGAUACAAGAGCAGUUGAAUUAAAUCAAGCUAUAUAUGCAUUUACAGAGAGAUUAAAAAUGACAGAUAUUAGUCGACAACGUAGUUCACAUGGCGGAGUAGUUUUAAGAGAACAAGAUAUUGUUUGUAUGCAUAGUCCAUUGUUAAGACUACGUGAUCAUGAACGGCAAAUGGACCAUUUACGUGCACAAUCUGAACUGGCUGGAACUCAUAUGACAAAUUAUUUACGUGAAAUCGAUGCAGAUCAAAAACGAGUUGAUCAUGAAUUAUCGUUGAUAGAUCAGUUACAACAUGAGAGUCAGUCUCAGUUGGAUCAAUUGAUAAAUCGUGUGAAAAGAUGGAGUAGCCGAUAUGAACAUGAACCGAAUGUUGAUUCUAGUAUAACCAAUUCUAGAAUAAGUUCUAGUUUAAAAUCUAGUACAAUAUCUGACAAUUGGACAGGUAAUAAUCAAAUGUAUCCAUUAGAUGCAAGAUCACCUCAAUCUAUAGUGAGAGAAACAUCACGAUUAUCGUCUAGAACAAGAUCAGAAUCAAUUCCAUGUCCAGUACUUGAUGCUAUUACACAAAUUGGUGUUACAACCAAAACAUCAGGGACUCAAAUUUCUGAUGACGACGGUGAUGGUGGUCGUAAUAAAAUAGAUUUAUGUGUAUCUAAAAGACAAUUUGUGCCAGCGACGAUUCCUGAAAGAAAACAAGUAAGAAAUGCAAUAACUCAAAUUGGAGUUUCAAAAGUCGAUGCAGGCACACAAGAUGACUAUCAUGGAUACAGUCCUAAGCGUUCAGUUAAAGAAGUAUUAUGUCAAAUAGGUCAAAUUACAGCGAAUGCUUCAUGUCAGACAUUAGAACAUUACAAGCUGCAACAAACGCUUAAAAAGCCAACUUUGGAUGCGAUAGUUCAAUCUGGUGUUAUCACUAAGAAUAAUUCCACUCAGUCGGAAAGCAUCACGGAAACCGUUGUUAAAAUGGACGUACCUGAAUCACAAAAAGGUGCACGAAAAUACAGCGUACUAGAUGCUAUCUGUCAAAUAGGACAGGUUACACAAACAAUUGGAACACAAAUAGAAAUAGAGAAUACAGAAAGAAAUAAGAAAAAUCUUGGAGUACAAGCAGAAAUCAAAAAUGUAUGGCAACACCCAGUGAAAACAACUGAAGCCGCAUGUCAAAUAGGUAGGAUAACGAUAAACGCAAGUACGGAGAUGUCAUCAAUGCUCAUCAGUAAUGAACAAAUUAUAAGACAAGAUAUGAAGAAAAGUGAUAUAAUGUGUCAAAUAGGACAGGUUCAAAUAGCACAAUCAACACAGGCCGACUUAAUUAAGCAUAUGUCACGCAAACCAUCGUCCGAUGUAGUAUGUCAAGUAGGAAGUGUUAUGGAAUCUUCAGGGAUCCAGAUAGAUGAACCUCACAAAACUUCAAUGUUACUAACGGGAACUCAAAGUGCCAAAACACCAACAUACACUAAGGAGAUUCAAACAGAUAUGGGAUUCCGAGUGGAACCGAAGUUUGUGUCGAAGGCUGUCAACGAUGUUAUAUGUCAGGUUGGUCAGGUAAACCAUGAAGUAUCCACACAGUCAGUUGAACAUGUCACCGCUAGACCAGCAUACAAGGAUACUGGCAUUGACCCGAUUCACGUGUGGGAAAAGAAGAUGGCCAACGAUGUCGUCACACAAACAGGGAUUGUCCACACAUCGAAAAUAACACAAGCUGAACUAAUACAAGAACAACCGGUCUAUGUGAAGCCAAUAGAAACACAGGAUGUACCGAUAACAUCGUACAAAGAAACCGUAGAUGCCUACCAACAGGCCGACUUAAUUAAGCAUAUGUCACGCAAACCAUCGUCCGAUGUAGUAUGUCAAGUAGGAAGUGUUAUGGAAUCUUCAGGGAUCCAGAUAGAUGAACCUCACAAAACUUCAAUGUUACUAACGGGAACUCAAAGUGCCAAAACACCAACAUACACUAAGGAGAUUCAAACAGAUAUGGGAUUCCGAGUGGAACCGAAGUUUGUGUCGAAGGCUGUCAACGAUGUUAUAUGUCAGGUUGGUCAGGUAAACCAUGAAGUAUCCACACAGUCAGUUGAACAUGUCACCGCUAGACCAGCAUACAAGGAUACUGGCAUUGACCCGAUUCACGUGUGGGAAAAGAAGAUGGCCAACGAUGUCGUCACACAAACAGGGAUUGUCCACACAUCGAAAAUAACACAAGCUGAACUAAUACAAGAACAACCGGUCUAUGUGAAGCCAAUAGAAACACAGGAUGUACCGAUAACAUCGUACAAAGAAACCGUAGAUGCCUACCAACAGGCCGACUUAAUUAAGCAUAUGUCACGCAAACCAUCGUCCGAUGUAGUAUGUCAAGUAGGAAGUGUUAUGGAAUCUUCAGGGAUCCAGAUAGAUGAACCUCACAAAACUUCAAUGUUACUAACGGGAACUCAAAGUGCCAAAACACCAACAUACACUAAGGAGAUUCAAACAGAUAUGGGAUUCCGAGUGGAACCGAAGUUUGUGUCGAAGGCUGUCAACGAUGUUAUAUGUCAGGUUGGUCAGGUAAACCAUGAAGUAUCCACACAGUCAGUUGAACAUGUCACCGCUAGACCAGCAUACAAGGAUACUGGCAUUGACCCGAUUCACGUGUGGGAAAAGAAGAUGGCCAACGAUGUCGUCACACAAACAGGGAUUGUCCACACAUCGAAAAUAACACAAGCUGAACUAAUACAAGAACAACCGGUCUAUGUGAAGCCAAUGGAAACACAGGAUGUACCGAUAACAUCGUACAAAGAAACCGUAGAUGCCUACCAACAGGCCGACUUAAUUAAGCAUAUGUCACGCAAACCAUCGUCCGAUGUAGUAUGUCAAGUAGGAAGUGUUAUGGAAUCUUCAGGGAUCCAGAUAGAUGAACCUCACAAAACUUCAAUGUUACUAACGGGAACUCAAAGUGCCAAAACACCAACAUACACUAAGGAGAUUCAAACAGAUAUGGGAUUCCGAGUGGAACCGAAGUUUGUGUCGAAGGCUGUCAACGAUGUUAUAUGUCAGGUUGGUCAGGUAAACCAUGAAGUAUCCACACAGUCAGUUGAACAUGUCACCGCUAGACCAGCAUACAAGGAUACUGGCAUUGACCCGAUUCACGUGUGGGAAAAGAAGAUGGCCAACGAUGUCGUCACACAAACAGGGAUUGUCCACACAUCGAAAAUAACACAAGCUGAACUAAUACAAGAACAACCGGUCUAUGUGAAGCCAAUAGAAACACAGGAUGUACCGAUAACAUCGUACAAAGAAACCGUAGAUGCCUACCAACAGGCCGACUUAAUUAAGCAUAUGUCACGCAAACCAUCGUCCGAUGUAGUAUGUCAAGUAGGAAGUGUUAUGGAAUCUUCAGGGAUCCAGAUAGAUGAACCUCACAAAACUUCAAUGUUACUAACGGGAACUCAAAGUGCCAAAACACCAACAUACACUAAGGAGAUUCAAACAGAUAUGGGAUUCCGAGUGGAACCGAAGUUUGUGUCGAAGGCUGUCAACGAUGUUAUAUGUCAGGUUGGUCAGGUAAACCAUGAAGUAUCCACACAGUCAGUUGAACAUGUCACCGCUAGACCAGCAUACAAGGAUACUGGCAUUGACCCGAUUCACGUGUGGGAAAAGAAGAUGGCCAACGAUGUCGUCACACAAACAGGGAUUGUCCACACAUCGAAAAUAACACAAGCUGAACUAAUACAAGAACAACCGGUCUAUGUGAAGCCAAUAGAAACACAGGAUGUACCGAUAACAUCGUACAAAGAAACCGUAGAUGCCUACCAACAGGCCGACUUAAUUAAGCAUAUGUCACGCAAACCAUCGUCCGAUGUAGUAUGUCAAGUAGGAAGUGUUAUGGAAUCUUCAGGGAUCCAGAUAGAUGAACCUCACAAAACUUCAAUGUUACUAACGGGAACUCAAAGUGCCAAAACACCAACAUACACUAAGGAGAUUCAGACAGAUAUGGGAUUCCGAGUGGAACCGAAGUUUGUGUCGAAGGCUGUCAACGAUGUUAUAUGUCAGGUUGGUCAGGUAAACCAUGAAGUAUCCACACAGUCAGAGAUUCCUUCAAUAAUUUCAGUGGGAGUAGAUCCAAGACCAGAAGGUGCUGUAAGGCACCUAGGUUCAUACCAGGUGCCACCAAACACAGAUCGUCAAAGCAGACAAGUACAGGCAGAUAUCAAACAGGCAUUUAAACAUAUAAAUAUGCAAACAGACGAGAUAACUAGAGAAAAUUUAAUAUCGACGAACUUAGUGAGGGCGAAACAGAAAGAAACAUUUGAGGUAACGACUCAAUUCGGUAUAUUAACAAAAAAUAAAGACGUUGAAACAUUCGUAAAAUGUAGUUCAAAAGAAACGCAAACCAUAGAAAGUUCACCAGAAGCUGAAGUAAAAAUGAGGAGCCAACAAACGUUCACUCGAAUAAGAAGUAAAAAUUAUGACGUACAAACACAGUCAGGGACGAUAAAUAUUUCCCAAGCAUUCCAGACAUUAUUAGAUUACAAGCCAACAACAGAAAAACGAUCAACUGGAAUGCAGCACGAAAUGGAUUUCAGAGUGGUGCAAACUACGCAACAUGAACCACAAACACAAGAAACACCGACACAAACUGAGCGAGUGACAUUAAAAGAUGAACAAUCAUUUACGCCAUUCAAAUUGAAAACAUACGAUGUUCAGACUCAGUUUGGAAGUAUGCUUAAGACACAGGCAGCACAAACGCCAGGUGAACAGAGACCCGUCGUCGAAAUGAAAGACAUGAUUACACAACACGAGAAAAGUCCAGAACCAAUUGUACACAAAAAAUUACAAGCAAUGGUACAACCGACCACCAUUAACACAGAGACUCAGACGAUGGAAGAGAGACCACCACCAGUUAUCUUACCACCAAAGUUAUUCGACGUCCAAACACAAUCAGGAUCAGUGACGAUAGAUUCAGAAACACAAACACCACUAGAACGUAGGCCAGUGGUCGAGACCAGAGAUGCAAGUGUACAUCAAGAAACAAAACCUGUUCAAUCAAUUCCCAAGAAGUUACAGGCUACAGUCGUCCCACCACUUGAAAACAUGGCUACACAAACAGAUUUAUUAGCACAACCUGUUGUCAUGCCCAUGGUGAAAACUACGCAUCAUGAACCACAAACACAAGAAACACCGACACAAACUGAGCGAGUGACAUUAAAAGAUGAACAAUCAUUUACGCCAUUCAAAUUGAAAACAUACGAUGUUCAGACUCAGUUUGGAAGUAUGCUUAAGACACAGGCAGCACAAACGCCAGGUGAACAGAGACCCGUCGUCGAAAUGAAAGACAUGAUUACACAACACGAGAAAAGUCCAGAACCAAUUGUACACAAAAAAUUACAAGCAAUGGUACAACCGACCACCAUUAACACAGAGACUCAGACGAUGGAAGAGAGACCACCACCAGUUAUCUUACCACCAAAGUUAUUCGACGUCCAAACACAAUCAGGAUCAGUGACGAUAGAUUCAGAAACACAAACACCACUAGAACGUAGGCCAGUAAUUGAAAUGAAAGAGUUGCUUACACAACACGAGAAACGUCCAGAACCAAUUGUACACAAAAAAUUACAAGCAAUGGUACAACCGACCACCAUUAACACAGAGACUCAGACGAUGGAAGAGAGACCACCACCAGUUAUCUUACCACCAAAGUUAUUCGACGUCCAAACACAAUCAGGAUCAGUGACGAUAGAUUCAGAAACACAAACACCACUAGAACGUAGGCCAGUGGUCGAGACCAGAGAUGCAAGUGUACAUCAAGAAACAAAACCUGUUCAAUCAAUUCCCAAGAAGUUACAGGCUACAGUCGUCCCACCACUUGAAAACAUGGCUACACAAACAGAUUUAUUAGCACAACCUGUUGUCAUGCCCAUGGUGAAAACUACGCAUCAUGAACCACAAACACAAGAAACACCGACACAAACUGAGCGAGUGACAUUAAAAGAUGAACAAUCAUUUACGCCAUUCAAAUUGAAAACAUACGAUGUUCAGACUCAGUUUGGAAGUAUGCUUAAGACACAGGCAGCACAAACGCCAGGUGAACAGAGACCCGUCGUCGAAAUGAAAGACAUGAUUACACAACACGAGAAAAGUCCAGAACCAAUUGUACACAAAAAAUUACAAGCAAUGGUACAACCGACCACCAUUAACACAGAGACUCAGACGAUGGAAGAGAGACCACCACCAGUUAUCUUACCACCAAAGUUAUUCGACGUCCAAACACAAUCAGGAUCAGUGACGAUAGAUUCAGAAACACAAACACCACUAGAACGUAGGCCAGUAAUUGAAAUGAAAGAGUUGCUUACACAACACGAGAAACGUCCAGAACCAAUUGUACACAAAAAAUUACAAGCAAUGGUACAACCGACCACCAUUAACACAGAGACUCAGACGAUGGAAGAGAGACCACCACCAGUUAUCUUACCACCAAAGUUAUUCGACGUCCAAACACAAUCAGGAUCAGUGACGAUAGAUUCAGAAACACAAACACCACUAGAACGUAGGCCAGUGGUCGAGACCAGAGAUGCAAGUGUACAUCAAGAAACAAAACCUGUUCAAUCAAUUCCCAAGAAGUUACAGGCUACAGUCGUCCCACCACUUGAAAACAUGGCUACACAAACAGAUUUAUUAGCACAACCUGUUGUCAUGCCCAUGGUGAAAACUACGCAUCAUGAACCACAAACACAAGAAACACCGACACAAACUGAGCGAGUGACAUUAAAAGAUAAACAAUCAUUUACGCCAUUCAAAUUGAAAACAUACGAUGUUCAGACUCAGUUUGGAAGUAUGCUUAAGACACAGGCAGCACAAACGCCAGGUGAACAGAGACCCGUCGUCGAAAUGAAAGACAUGAUUACACAACACGAGAAAAGUCCAGAACCAAUUGUACACAAAAAAUUACAAGCAAUGGUACAACCGACCACCAUUAACACAGAGACUCAGACGAUGGAAGAGAGACCACCACCAGUUAUCUUACCACCAAAGUUAUUCGAUGUCCAAACACAAUCAGGAUCAGUGACGAUAGAUUCAGAAACACAAACACCACUAGAACGUAGGCCAGUAAUUGAAAUGAAAGAGUUGCUUACACAACACGAAAAACGUCCAGAGCCAAUUGUACACAAAAAAUUACAAGCAAUGGUACAACCGACCACCAUUAACACAGAGACUCAGACGAUGGAAGAGAGACCACCACCAGUUAUCUUACCACCAAAGUUAUUCGACGUCCAAACACAAUCAGGAUCAGUGACGAUAGAUUCAGAAACACAAACACCACUAGAACGUAGGCCAGUGGUCGAGACCAGAGAUGCAAGUGUACAUCAAGAAACAAAACCUGUUCAAUCAAUUCCCAAGAAGUUACAGGCUACAGUCGUCCCACCACUUGAAAACAUGGCUACACAAACAGAUUUAUUAGCACAACCUGUUGUCAUGCCCAUGGUGAAAACUACGCAUCAUGAACCACAAACACAAGAAACACCGACACAAACUGAGCGAGUGACAUUAAAAGAUGAACAAUCAUUUACGCCAUUCAAAUUGAAAACAUACGAUGUUCAGACUCAGUUUGGAAGUAUGCUUAAGACACAGGCAGCACAAACGCCAGGUGAACAGAGACCCGUCGUCGAAAUGAAAGACAUGAUUACACAACACGAGAAAAGUCCAGAACCAAUUGUACACAAAAAAUUACAAGCAAUGGUACAACCGACCACCAUUAACACAGAGACUCAGACGAUGGAAGAGAGACCACCACCAGUUAUCUUACCACCAAAGUUAUUCGACGUCCAAACACAAUCAGGAUCAGUGACGACAGAUUCAGAAACACAAACACCACACGAACAGAAACUUAUCCCAGAUAUAAAGAAUGUGAGUGUAUCUCAUGAGUCACAUCAUGUACAAACAGUAAACAAGAAACUUCAAGCUGUGGUAUACAAUCCAUCUGACGAUGUGUGUUUGCAAACCGAAGAGGUAAGCGUACAACCUGUCAGACCCGUUGCUCAGGUGUUUUCUCGAGCUCCGCAAGUUGCACAUAAGCAAACACAAGCAGAAUGUCUGAAGGUCAAUAUAAAAACAUUUGAUAUACAAGCACAAUCAGGGAUGGUAGUCAAGACACAGUCAACACAAACUAUUCUAGAAGAACAACCAGUAUUCCAUACUGCAGACGUCAGUGUGAUUCAUAGUGAAAAAUCACAUUCACUGGUGAACAAAAAACUUCAGGUAAACAUGCGUCAAUCAGUUGACAACACAAGCACACAGACUGAUCCGAUGACUCAAGUCCCGACUGUAUUACCGAAAACCACGUUCGAUGUUGUGACUCAGUCUGGUACUAUCCACUGUGCACAGUCAGUUCAGACCAUUCCAGAGGAACGACCAGUAUUCCAUACUGCAGACGUCAGUGUGAUUCAUAGUGAAAAAUCACCUUCAUUAGUAGGCAAGAAGGUUCAGGCAACAAUGUGUCAAUCAGUUGACAACACAAGCACACAGACUGAUCCGAUGACUCAAGUCCCGACUGUAUUACCGAAAACCACGUUCGAUGUUGUGACUCAGUCUGGUACUAUCCACUGUGCACAGUCAGUUCAGACCAUUCCAGAGGAACGACCAGUAUUCCAUACUGCAGACGUCAGUGUGAUUCAUAGUGAAAAAUCACCUUCAUUAGUAGGCAAGAAGGUUCAGGCAACAAUGCGUCAAUCGGUUGACAACACAAGCACACAGACUGAUCCGAUGACUCAAGUCCCGACUGUAUUACCGAAAACCACGUUCGAUGUUGUGACUCAGUCUGGUACUAUCCACUGUGCACAGUCAGUUCAGACCAUUCCAGAGGAACGACCAGUAUUCCAUACUGCAGACGUCAGUGUGAUUCAUAGUGAAAAAUCACAUUCACUGGUGAACAAAAAACUUCAGGUAAACAUGCGUCAAUCAGUUGACAACACAAGCACACAGACUGAUCCGAUGACUCAAGUCCCGACUGUAUUACCGAAAACCACGUUCGAUGUUGUGACUCAGUCUGGUACUAUCCACUGUGCACAGUCAGUUCAGACCAUUCCAGAGGAACGACCAGUAUUCCAUACUGCAGACGUCAGUGUGAUUCAUAGUGAAAAAUCACCUUCAUUAGUAGGCAAGAAGGUUCAGGCAACAAUGCGUCAAUCAGUUGACAACACAAGCACACAGACUGAUCCGAUGACUCAAGUCCCGACUGUAUUACCGAAAACCACGUUCGAUGUUGUGACUCAGUCUGGUACUAUCCACUGUGCACAGUCAGUUCAGACUAUUCCAGAGGAACGACCCGUAUACAACACUGUCGGUGUAGGAGUUGAUCAUACUGGGAAAUUGCAGCCCGUGUUAUACGAGAACGUUCAGGCAACAAUGCGUCAAUCAGUUGACAACACAAGCACACAGACUGAUCCGAUGACUCAAGUCCCGACUGUAUUACCGAAAACCACGUUCGAUGUUGUGACUCAGUCUGGUACUAUCCAAUGUGCACAGUCAGUUCAGACCAUUCCAGAGGAACGACCAGUAUUCCAUACUGCAGACGUUAGUGUGAUUCAUAGUGAAAAAUCACCUUCAUUAGUAGGCAAGAAGGUUCAGGCAACAAUGCGUCAAUCAGUUGACAACACAAGCACACAGACUGAUCCGAUGACUCAAGUCCCGACUGUAUUACCGAAAACCACGUUCGAUGUUGUGACUCAGUCUGGUACUAUCCAAUGUGCACAGUCAGUUCAGACCAUUCCAGAGGAACGACCAGUAUUCCAUACUGCAGACGUCAGUGUGAUUCAUAGUGAAAAAUCACAUUCACUGGUGAACAAAAAACUUCAGGUAAACAUGCGUCAAUCAGUUGACAACACAAGCACACAGACUGAUCCGAUGACUCAAGUCCCGACUGUAUUACCGAAAACCACGUUCGAUGUUGUGACUCAGUCUGGUACUAUCCACUGUGCACAGUCAGUUCAGACUAUUCCAGAGGAACGACCCGUAUACAACACUGUCGGUGUAGGAGUUGAUCAUACUGGGAAAUUGCAGCCCGUGUUAUACGAGAACGUUCAGGCAACAAUGCGUCAAUCAGUUGACAACACAAGCACACAGACUGAUCCGAUGACUCAAGUCCCGACUGUAUUACCGAAAACCACGUUCGAUGUUGUGACUCAGUCUGGUACUAUCCACUGUGCACAGUCAGUUCAGACCAUUCCAGAGGAACGACCAGUAUUCCAUACUGCAGACGUCAGUGUGAUUCAUAGUGAAAAAUCACCUUCAUUAGUAGGCAAGAAGGUUCAGGCAACAAUGCGUCAAUCAGUUGACAACACAAGCACACAGACUGAUCCGAUGACUCAAGUCCCGACUGUAUUACCGAAAACCACGUUCGAUGUUGUGACUCAGUCUGGUACUAUCCACUGUGCACAGUCAGUUCAGACCAUUCCAGAGGAACGACCCGUAUACAACACUGUCGGUGUAGGAGUUGAUCAUACUGGGAAAUUGCAGCCCGUGUUAUACGAGAACGUUCAGGCAACAAUGCGUCAAUCAGUUGACAACACAAGCACACAGACUGAUCCGAUGACUCAAGUCCCGACUGUAUUACCGAAAACCACGUUCGAUGUUGUGACUCAGUCUGGUACUAUCCACUGUGCACAGUCAGUUCAGACCAUUCCAGAGGAACGACCAGUAUUCCAUACUGCAGACGUCAGUGUGAUUCAUAGUGAAAAAUCACCUUCAUUAGUAGGCAAGAAGGUUCAGGCAACAAUGCGUCAAUCAGUUGACAACACAAGCACACAGACUGAUCCGAUGACUCAAGUCCCGACUGUAUUACCGAAAACCACGUUCGAUGUUGUGACUCAGUCCGGUACUCUGUCUCUUACUGUUGGUUGUCAAGCUGUUCUUAUGUCGGAAGAUUUUUUGAUGAAAGAUGUUGCCGUUGCUUAUGUCAGAUCGGUCAAUUCUUGUUUCUCUAAAGCUGUCGAAGCUAGCAUACAAGUUGAAAGUAAAAACGUUGAAAUACAGUGUCUGAUAAAGGAUGAAAGUGUAAUUAAUAUUCGGAAUGCAGAAGCUCAAUUCGACGUACUUUGUCGUCAGGAAGAAACUCAAACAUUUAGUUUACCUUCAACAACUACAAGGGAAGGAAGUGUUCAGCACGCACCAACGACUACACAAAUAAUAAAUAAAAAGCUACAAGUAACUAUUUCCCAGUCAGUUCGAGAGGCAGCCGCGCAGACAUACGAAUCAAUACCAGUCGUAACAGUACCCACGAUGCAAAGAAUUCAUCACUCUGUACAGACACAUGAAAUAUCAUCACAAACUGACAGUCCAGAAUUUUUUGAUCGUCAGUCCUACGCGCGAAUCAAAUCUCAAACAAAUGAUGUAGAAAUACAAUCAGGAAUCAUUUGCAAAUCACAGGGAUUGCAGACAAAAUUAGAGCAUAAAACAUUCGGAAUGACGAAAGAAACUAGUACACAGUAUGAAGCAGUACAAAGAACAAUGAUAAAUAUAGAUAUUCAGGCAGAUGCUCAACAUCCAGUGUACAAUACUUACGUCCAAACAGAUGAAAGUCAACUGAUAAAUAUCAGGCAGAAACACCAGACGAAUGUACAGACACAAUCAGGAAUCAUUCAAAAAGAACAGGGAGCACAAACACUAGAAGAGGUCCACACCACAGUGAACAAGACCGACGCUAGUGUAACUCAUGAACUCAAAAAUCGACGAAUUAACAAGAAGUUGCAAGCAACAAUAAUGUCUCAAAUGAAAGACGAAGUCAUACAAACAGAAUUAGUAGGAACCUCUGCACAUCCAACACCGACAAACCCUACAUUUGAUGUGCAAACACAAUCGGGAUCAGUGAAGAUAGAUUCAGAAACACAAACACCACACGAACAGAAACUUAUCCCAGAUAUAAAGAAUGUGAGUGUAUCUCAUGAGUCACAUCAUGUACAAACAGUAAACAAGAAACUUCAAGCUGUGGUAUACAAUCCAUCUGACGAUGUGUGUUUGCAAACCGAAGAGGUAAGCGUACAACCUGUCAGACCCGUUGCUCAGGUGUUUUCUCGAGCUCCGCAAGUUGCACAUAAGCAAACACAAGCAGAAUGUCUGAAGGUCAAUAUAAAAACAUUUGAUAUACAAGCACAAUCAGGGAUGGUAGUCAAGACACAGUCAACACAAACUAUUCUAGAAGAACAACCAGUAUUCCAUACUGCAGACGUCAGUGUGAUUCAUAGUGAAAAAUCACAUUCACUGGUGAACAAAAAACUUCAGGUAAACAUGCGUCAAUCAGUUGACAACACAAGCACACAGACUGAUCCGAUGACUCAAGUCCCGACUGUAUUACCGAAAACCACGUUCGAUGUUGUGACUCAGUCUGGUACUAUCCACUGUGCACAGUCAGUUCAGACUAUUCCAGAGGAACGACCCGUAUACAACACUGUCGGUGUAGGAGUUGAUCAUACUGGGAAAUUGCAGCCCGUGUUAUACGAGAACGUUCAGGCAACAAUGCGUCAAUCAGUUGACAACACAAGCACACAGACUGAUCCGAUGACUCAAGUCCCGACUGUAUUACCGAAAACCACGUUCGAUGUUGUGACUCAGUCUGGUACUAUCCACUGUGCACAGUCAGUUCAGACCAUUCCAGAAGAACGACCAGUAUUCCAUACUGCAGACGUCAGUGUGAUUCAUAGUGAAAAAUCACCUUCAUUAGUAGGCAAGAAGGUUCAGGCAACAAUGCGUCAAUCAGUUGACAACACAAGCACACAGACUGAUCCGAUGACUCAAGUCCCGACUGUAUUACCGAAAACCACGUUCGAUGUUGUGACUCAGUCUGGUACUAUCCACUGUGCACAGUCAGUUCAGACUAUUCCAGAGGAACGACCCGUAUACAACACUGUCGGUGUAGGAGUUGAUCAUACUGGGAAAUUGCAGCCCGUGUUAUACGAGAACGUUCAGGCAACAAUGCGUCAAUCAGUUGACAACACAAGCACACAGACUGAUCCGAUGACUCAAGUCCCGACUGUAUUACCGAAAACCACGUUCGAUGUUGUGACUCAGUCUGGUACUAUCCACUGUGCACAGUCAGUUCAGACCAUUCCAGAGGAACGACCAGUAUUCCAUACUGCAGACGUCAGUGUGAUUCAUAGUGAAAAAUCACCUUCAUUAGUAGGCAAGAAGGUUCAGGCAACAAUGCGUCAAUCAGUUGACAACACAAGCACACAGACUGAUCCGAUGAUUCAAGUCCCGACUGUAUUACCGAAAACCACGUUCGAUGUUGUGACUCAGUCUGGUACUAUCCACUGUGCACAGUCAGUUCAGACUAUUCCAGAGGAACGACCCGUAUACAACACUGUCGGUGUAGGAGUUGAUCAUACUGGGAAAUUGCAGCCCGUGUUAUACGAGAACGUUCAGGCAACAAUGCGUCAAUCAGUUGACAACACAAGCACACAGACUGAUCCGAUGACUCAAGUCCCGACUGUAUUACCGAAAACCACGUUCGAUGUUGUGACUCAGUCUGGUACUAUCCACUGUGCACAGUCAGUUCAGACCAUUCCAGAGGAACGACCAGUAUUCCAUACUGCAGACGUCAGUGUGAUUCAUAGUGAAAAAUCACCUUCAUUAGUAGGCAAGAAGGUUCAGGCAACAAUGCGUCAAUCAGUUGACAACACAAGCACACAGACUGAUCCGAUGACUCAAGUCCCGACUGUAUUACCGAAAACCACGUUCGAUGUUGUGACUCAGUCUGGUACUAUCCACUGUGCACAGUCAGUUCAGACCAUUCCAGAGGAACGACCAGUAUUCCAUACUGCAGACGUCAGUGUGAUUCAUAGUGAAAAAUCACCUUCAUUAGUAGGCAAGAAGGUUCAGGCAACAAUGCGUCAAUCAGUUGACAACACAAGCACACAGACUGAUCCGAUGACUCAAGUCCCGACUGUAUUACCGAAAACCACGUUCGAUGUUGUGACUCAGUCUGGUACUAUCCACUGUGCACAGUCAGUUCAGACUAUUCCAGAGGAACGACCCGUAUACAACACUGUCGGUGUAGGAGUUGAUCAUACUGGGAAAUUGCAGCCCGUGUUAUACGAGAACGUUCAGGCAACAAUGCGUCAAUCAGUUGACAACACAAGCACACAGACUGAUCCGAUGACUCAAGUCCCGACUGUAUUACCGAAAACCACGUUCGAUGUUGUGACUCAGUCUGGUACUAUCCAAUGUGCACAGUCAGUUCAGACCAUUCCAGAGGAACGACCAGUAUUCCAUACUGCAGACGUCAGUGUGAUUCAUAGUGAAAAAUCACCUUCAUUAGUAGGCAAGAAGGUUCAGGCAACAAUGCGUCAAUCAGUUGACAACACAAGCACACAGACUGAUCCGAUGACUCAAGUCCCGACUGUAUUACCGAAAACCACGUUCGAUGUUGUGACUCAGUCUGGUACUAUCCACUGUGCACAGUCAGUUCAGACCAUUCCAGAGGAACGACCAGUAUUCCAUACUGCAGACGUCAGUGUGAUUCAUAGUGAAAAAUCACCUUCAUUAGUAGGCAAGAAGGUUCAGGCAACAAUGCGUCAAUCAGUUGACAACACAAGCACACAGACUGAUCCGAUGACUCAAGUCCCGACUGUAUUACCGAAAACCACGUUCGAUGUUGUGACUCAGUCUGGUACUGUCCACUGUGCACAGUCAGUUCAGACCAUUCCAGAAGAACGACUACGAUUUGAUCAUGUUGAUGUGAGCGUUGAUCAUUUUGAAACUGUGCCUAUUGUUCGAUCAACAAUCUCAUCGACCAUGCAUACUCUUCCAAGCACUUCACAAUCAACACAAACCACACCUACUAAACUAGCUGAUACAUUCUGUCAAGCGACGUUAUCUUCUACAACAUACGAUGUCCAAAUUCAAUCUGGAGUAAUGCAUUCAAUAGAUGGGACACAGACUGUCGAUUUAAGGUCACCAAUUGAGAUGAAAGAAAUGAGUGUCGCACAUGAGAAGGAACGAACUGUUCUGAAAGGGAAGAAACUUCAGGUUCAUUGUGAUUCAACUGAUUUGGGAGUCCAAACAGAUCAAAUUACUCCCAUUGUUCGAUCAACAAUCUCAUCGACCAUGCAUACUCUUCCAAACACUUCACAAUCAACACAAACCACACCUACUAAACUAGCUGAUACAUUCUGUCAAGCGACGUUAUCUUCUACAACAUACGAUGUCCAAAUUCAAUCUGGAGUAAUGCAUUCAAUAGAUGGGACACAGACUGUCGAUUUAAGGUCACCAAUUGAGAUGAAAGAAAUGAGUGUCGCACAUGAGAAGGAACGAACUGUUCUGAAAGGGAAGAAACUUCAGGUUCAUUGUGAUUCAACUGAUUUGGGAGUCCAAACAGAUCAAAUUACUCCCAUUGUUCGAUCAACAAUCUCAUCGACCAUGCAUACUCUUCCAAACACUUCACAAUCAACACAAACCACACCUACUAAACUAGCUGAUACAUUCUGUCAAGCGACGUUAUCUUCUACAACAUACGAUGUCCAAAUUCAAUCUGGAGUAAUGCAUUCAAUAGAUGGGACACAGACUGUCGAUUUAAGGUCACCAAUUGAGAUGAAAGAAAUGAGUGUCGCACAUGAGAAGGAACGAACUGUUCUGAAAGGGAAGAAACUUCAGGUUCGUUGUGAUUCAACUGAUUUGGGAGUCCAAACAGAUCAAAUUACUCCCAUUGUUCGAUCAACAAUCUCAUCGACCAUGCAUACUCUUCCAAACACUUCACAAUCAACACAAACCACACCUACUAAACUAGCUGAUACAUUCUGUCAAGCGACGUUAUCUUCUACAACAUACGAUGUCCAAAUUCAAUCUGGAGUAAUGCAUUCAAUAGAUGGGACACAGACUGUCGAUUUAAGGUCACCAAUUGAGAUGAAAGAAAUGAGUGUCGCACAUGAGAAGGAACGAACUGUUCUGAAAGGGAAGAAACUUCAGGUUCAUUGUGAUUCAACUGAUUUGGGAGUCCAAACAGAUCACACUAUGUCUACUGUUCACUUGGACAGUAAAUUAACUCAAACUGCUUUAGUUCGUUAUACGGAUGUCUCAUGUCAGUAUACUGAACUCACGAAGCCUUCAUCAACUAGUCAUGCUGUAACGUCCAGAGUUGUUAGCAUUCAAACAGAUGUGCCUUUUUCAACAAACGUACGUGUGGAUCAACGAAACAAGAAAUUCCAAGUGAAUCUAAUAUCGCCUUCAUCACCAAAGACUCCAAUAAAUGUAGCCUCUAUAGGAACACAAACUUCAGAUUAUAGAUACCAGGAUAUAAGUAUUGAACAGGUUGAUAAAACAAUAGUUUCAUCAGUGGAUGCACAUGUGGUUCAUGAUUCAGCGUCUAAUGUGACAAACACUUCACAAGCAAUACCAAAAAUAAAAAUAGAUCAAGAGUGCCAAGUAAAAAUAACUCCUCAACAAUAUCAAAAGAAACUUCAGUAUGGUUCCUCAUUUUCUACAUUAAAAAAUACAUCUUCUCAAACUAUACAGGACAGUUGUCUUUAUGACCAUCAUAAAACUUCUUCGUCAUCAAGUAUUGGAGUUCAGGCAAGUAAUAUACGACCAGUAGUUACAGUAGAUACAGGGACUCAAGAAACAAGACCAAGUGAGACUUCUCCAUCACCUUUACAAGUUAAGAACAAAAAACUACAAGUCUACCCAUCUAAACUUGGUGAACAAGUAGAAGAAGAAUUUACACAUCCUCAAGAGACAAUCUCCAAAGGAAUGUCAACCUCAUUAACUGAGAUAACACAAACAGAUGAGUGUUUACUAAAAAAUAUUGAAUGUUUCAAGUGUAUAUCACGGGGAUAUGAUAAGAAAACGAUUGAUAAAGAUAUGCAAUCGGAAGAAAAAUCAAUAAGAACAAAACAAACAGCAUCCAGUACAGUGAAAUCAAAUUACUUUACACGUAUUCUCCAAAUGGAAACUAUUCCUGACAAGCCAAAAGCAUCAGACACAUCCGAUGUGCUGAAACUAUACAGAGAGUCCGGCUAUAGAGCUAGGGGUGAAUCAAAGAAUAUCCAAACUGAUACGUUUUUGUUGGGAAAUAUUCAAUUACCUGAAAGUAGGGAAGUUGAUAGCAUAGGAAAAAUUUCGAAAAAGACCACAAUUGUUCAGUUAGAAAAGUUAACUACGGAUAAGUGUGUAGAUACUAUGCCCUUUGAAAAAGGACUUAUAGAAUCUCAAAUAUCCUAUCAUGAUACCCAGAUAUCUGAAAGGAGAAAUAUAAAGUUACUAAAAGAAACACCAUGGUCAGAAGCACAAGUAUCAAAUGUUCUGCAAGAUAUUCAGUAUGAAAUAAGACAUCCUCAAAUAAUAGAUUCAAGUGGAAGUUACUCACCUCAACAAAAUUCAGUUGCAGUUAGUGCACGACCAACUACUCAUAUGCUUGCUCAUACAGAAUCAACAAGCAGAAAUGGAAAUGGAAAGGCUAAGACACCGUAUCAAUAUUUAAAACCAGAUGUUGUAAGUUGGGGAGUACAAUUCGCACCAGUGACACUUACUGGGGUAACGCAAACCACUGAAUCUUCGAAACAUAAGUUAACUAUCGAUUCACCAGUAAAUAUAGGUGUACAAACUGAUGCGAUUGAAGAUGACUAUUAUAUAAAAAGAGUUGUGACGACAAUAGCUAGGAAAGGUUUGUCAUCUUAUUGUCGUCGAGGUCCAGUAGCCAAAAGAAUUGUCGAACACACUGAUCUAUUGACAUCGAGUUUACCUAGUAACCUAGAUGAAGAGUUUGAUGAAGAAACAACAAUUGCACCAAGAACAACGAAGGUCACAACUAUGCAAAAACGUGGAGAUCGUCGAGUAGUACAUGAAGAGUUACUUACAGAAGACUAUAGGGAAAGAGGAAGUUCACUUGACUCUCAUGUAGCCCACGAACGGUUCCUGAGAGAAACACACCCACAGGAUAUCGAUUUGCAUGGAAUGCAUGAACAUGAGACAGGCAUAUAUACUGAUGCUGAAAUCUGUUUGCAGAAUUUACUGAAAGUUUGGGGAGAGCAAUACUUGCUUUCUAGAUUAAGAACGAUCGGUAGAUACUCAGAGCUUUCUGUUAGUCUUGAUCGAAGUAUACAUGCAGCAGAAAAAUCACGGCUAGUUGAAGCGAAGACACAGUUUACUUCAACGGGAAACUUAGUGAGUCAAAUCAGAAAUCUUGAGAACAUGGGAACACAGACUAGUGAUAUUCUCCUUACCACUCGACCUCCACAUAAAAAUAAACGGAUACAACGUGGUCGUAGCUUCAUUUCUGGAGGAACGAAUCAGCCACCACCGACGCGUAGUGGCUCGGUAGUAAGUCCACUGUCGCCGACUACCGAAGAACUGACAAGUCACCAUCGUCAGCACGGCAUAACAAGCAUGCAGACACGUACUUCUCAUCCAUUUAAUUUGGCCACUACCACAUUUACAGAGACUACACAAGAGCAAUCGACAUUCAGUAUUGAACAUACAAUACAGACUUAUAUAUGUCCAACAUGUGGGAGUCAAGCUAGUAUCCCAGUGACCGUUCAUUCACAAAUACAACCUCAAACACUUCCAAUAACGCAAUUAAAAGACGCCCAAUCACAAACUCGGUUUGUGGGGCAGAUGACAGCUGAUAAUAACUGCACAUAUCUACCAACUUACCUAAGUGAUGAGGAAGUAAUUCGCAUAAAUCAGAGCCAGAAAAUUGAAGACAGAGAAUUUUCGGUGGUGACAUGGCAUCCAGCAGAAAUACGAGAUACAGAACGCCGUAGGGAUAGCGACACAAGUAAUCAGAUACGAGAUGAAGUUUGGGUUGAUAGUCCUGGGAAACUGCUGGAACUCAAAAUAACUGGAGUAAUAGUACCUGGAACAAGCAAAAUCGUUAGCGCAAGUGAAGCGUUUUAUCGUGGUCUACUAAGAGUAGUAUACUGGGAUUAUGAAAAACUUGGACCUAGGCAAUCAUCAGUAGAUUCAACAGUUUCCAUACCACUGGCAGAUGCAGUGAUUUCUAAGGCAGUUCGGUUAGCUAGUGAUAGAAUAUCAACAGAAGCGCAGCCAUCAUUGGAUGCCAAAAUAGUUUGGAGAACACCAGAGAUACAACGAAGUAGGUAUCUAGUACAUUCAAUUAGACCUGAUGCAGGUCAAAACAAACAUAAUCCAAUUAAUCUGGACGUUGCAUCUGCAAUACGAGCUGGUCUAAUUGACAAAGAAACCGGUCGAAUGUUGUUUACACAUUCUGUUUACGAGUCACUAUUCAGUACUGAUUCACCGAUAAGUAAAAAAGGCGAUAGUAGCUCUGACCAAACUGAACGAUUGUCUGUCAGAGAAGCAAUUUUACGUGGAUUUUUAGUUGCAGAAUUAAUAGAACCAGAAUCAUCGUAUAUAACAAAGCAAAGCUUACCAUUUAUUGUCCCAAGCACAAGUUAUUCACACUCUCCAACUGAUGUUGACAUUUGA